UCUACAUUCAACCUGGUUGUAUAUAACGAAUUUGAUCGGCUCUAGAGAAUAUAAAGUUACUGUGAAAAUUCGGGAUGAGAGUGAUAAAAUAACGUAUGAUGCAUCGUCCGUCUUCAUCUCGUUCUUCACCACUAGUUCUGGCAUGGAAACGCCGUCGACGUUGAUUAAACUGUCUGUGGCGAGCGUUAUAGACGAUGUCGUUCAAUUAGCCUGGGAUAGCGAGGUAGCCUUCAGGUCUUAUCAAGUCGUCUUGAAUGACGAGUUAGGCGUGGAGCGUCAGAGAAUCCUCGUGUCUGAUGUCCUUAAUGCCUCCGUCGCCAAUUUAAACCCCGGUCAAACUUAUUCCUUUAGGGUCCGUGGUUUGAACGGCGAUGAAUGGUCGGAGUACAGCUCCCCUGUUUACGCAAAAAUUCAAGGGCACACGAACACGAGCCAGCAGAGCAUGAGCAUGGGUUUGUUGGGGGGCAUCUUGGGUGGGGUCAUAGGGGGGGUUGUACUUCUCGUCAUCAUCAUCAUCGUCAUCACACUGUUCUACCUUAGAAAAUUGCGAAAGCCAGCAAGUUGUAAUAAUUCAACUAGCGAUUGUGAUAUCCUUAAAUAUGUCAACGCAACCAUGAACAAAACAUUUCCUCAAGUCCAAAACAACACCACAUCCUCUCAAUCCACGUUGAAAUCUGGAGAGAGUUUUCACAUCUACGCAGACCCACUUUCGAUCGACAGCGAGGCCACCAUGCUCUCAUUGAAAUCACUUGAAAUUCACCCAUCCUAUCUCACAGUUGGCAAGCUGCUGAACAAAACAUGGUCCGGUGAACUAUACAGUGGUCUCCUGAGCACCCCUGACAAACGAAUGGACCGUUCCGUCACCAUAGAAACCAUAAAAUCUGACGCAAACUUUAGAGGUCGAAAGGCCGAUGUGAGAGUGGCCGUGGGGGUGCUGAAUCGAUUGAACCAUGCUAACAUCAUUAAGACGGAGGGGUUCUUUAUGGCGCCCCAGACAACAAUCGUCUAUGAAUACAUGGCACACGCCUGUCUCAGGGAUUUCCUCAAGAAAAAGACCUCGCCUAUAGAUCUAACAUUGCAUCGACUGGUGAACAUGUCGCAGGACAUCGUCAGUGGUAUGAGCUACUUGCACGAGAGAGGCAUCAUACACCAGGUUCCGGAAGAUCUGAUAAGAUGGAUGGCACCCGAGGUACUGUGCAAAGAGCGAACCAGUUGCAAAUCAGAUGUGUGGAUGUUCGGUGUUGUCAUCUGGCAGAUGAUGUCCAGAGGUGAAGAUCCCUACUGUGGCUGGAUGGACGAUGAAGUGGACGACUGUCCACCAGCAAUGUACCAGCUGAUGUUGCAAUGUUGGAGACUGGACAAGAACACAAGGCCUGACUUUAACAACAUUAAGCGAGUCAUUGAAACUCUACUUGAACAAAUCUUUUCAGUCGAACCAUCGCGUAAUCAAGUUCUCCAUAACUCUGUUACUGCUCUGAACAACAACUCAAACCUGGGCAUAACAUUUGACAACAGCUUGCAACAGCACACAACAACUUCGAUAGCGAAAAUUCCGAACAACAACAACGUGGGACUACCGCCAGUUGGACCCCAGCAAUGCAACACCGUGGUCAGUGAGUAUCCAUACCUGGCCAUGUACUGGGGCCUCUUGCAGUCAAAGGGGUACACGAACCUUCCCGCCAUCCUUCAGCUGGAAGACCCAGCCCUCCUCACCUCUUGCGGUAUCACCUCACCAUCUCACCAGUUCUUUCUUCUGAAUGAAAUUCAAAAGUUACGACAUCGAGGAGCCGAUAGCGGUCAGGAAGAUUGUGACAGUGUUGACCAUUUUGUUGAGCUACAACAACGUCAAAAACAGCAGCAUCAAACGCACCAGCAGUCGGCCAGGCCAAUCUCCCAACACGCUAAUGGUUAUUUACCGAAUUCAAACAGAAACAGCCAUUCAAAUCACAACAACACGCUUGCAAAUUCUAAAAAACCACCUCAGUCACAACAACAACAACACCACCAACAACAACAACACAACAAAGAUUUUUCAUCAAAACAAAAUCUAUUGCUGUCAACGUCGUCGCAGCUGAAUCUAUCGACCAACCAUCCAAUCAGCAUGAACCAGCUGAUGAACAACGACAACCAUCAACCAAUCAACAUGAGCCAACUAAACCACAGCAACCACAACAACAACAACAACCAAUCGGCUUCCCACACAACAAGUUACCCAAACUUUUGCACAGCUCGCCCAUCGACGACUAGCAGCAACCACAACAGCCACACUGCUCUACACCCCGACAAAGUGAUGACCCAGCGAUUCAAGCUCGGAGUUUCCGCUCUAAAUACCCAAAAAAAUUAUCCGCUACCACAACAAAUUAAUUUAGACGCACCCACCGCUAAUAACUUUUUUGUAUAAUAUUUUAUUCAAUUUUCUCCAUUAUACAUUUAGCAAUCCUAUAUAUUAUAUAUAUAUAAUUAAUUAAUUAUAGCUAAAUUUUAUUACGUAUAAAUAUAUUAUAUAUGUAACAAAAGCCUAUUUGUCAAUAACGCUAGAUAUAUAAUAAACUUUUAUUCAAUUAAAUUCAACGUUAUAUAUGUAUUUGUAUAUUGUUGAAAAAUUGAAAUGUCUCUACUUGUACAUAUUUCCUAUAUUUUCAUAUUGAAUGAUAAAUUGUUGUUACUAAUGGUAAAUAUUUUGAAAUUUUUUUAUGAAGUAUUAUUUAUUAAUUUAUUCAUUUGUUUGUUUAUUUACCUUAUUUUUAUUCGUUUAUUUUCAAAAAAAAAUAAAUAAAAAAAUUUAACAUGAAACAAUAGACGUUAAUAUUUUUAUAUAAGUUGAUUCUUUUCAUUUCACGUAAUUUCUCAUUUGUUACAUUGUAAAUAUGCAUUCGUCAUCUUUUUUUUACUUUUGUUAUUAAUUUUCUGAAUCUAUAUAUCAAUAAAUAUUAUAUGGAGUAAUAAUAUGAUAUAAGUAAUAUAUCUGUGUGUAUGCGCUUUGAAGGGAGUUUGAAAUAUAACUAUUAAAUCAAUUCAGUUUAGGUAUCAAAUUAGUGAAUCUUUCUAUAUAUCCGCAAAAUGAAGAAGCAUUCUAUAUUUUCAAUUAGUAAUUUUUUUCAAAAUAAAAUUUUUUCAACCAA